AUGAGAGAUCAACGCACAACGGCCAGCAACCAACCGCACCGGAUAAUCGGGCUCGGCAAGAAGGGCGUUAUUACCACCCUUUUAUUACUCUCACUGGCACCGGCAGAAAACGACAAUGUGAGCACUAUGACAUUCAUCCUGGUAAGAUCUGACUUCCAACCCACGGGUUUGGGCCUCAUCAUGGAACGGCAAUUCGGCAAGUGUCAACCAUUCUGGGUCGGCUUCCUCGCAGUCAUGUACGUAUGGUACAACUUGAAGUAUGCCCCAUCGCGGACGCCGUUUGACGCCGGCCGUGGCGAUGAGCUUGAUCGUCAGUCGAUCGACUAG